AUGCCUGUUCACGGUAAACAGACACGCCACCCAUCGGAUCCCUACCGCAAGCCGCCGCGGAGAGGGACCUCGAGCUGCCAAGAAUGCCGCCGUCGCAAGAUCCGCUGCGACUAUGAGCCCAGGUCGUCGCCCAGCUGCACGCCCUGCCAACGGCGCGGGAACCCGUGUGUACCCCAACUCGCACAGCCGCUUGACUACCAUACCCCUGACCGACAUCGUGAGGUCCGCCAGCGCCUCGUCCGACUCGAAGCCCUGGUCGACCAGCUCAUGCGUCAGCCUAGCCCUGCCUCGUCCUCUACCAGGGCACAGAUCCAUGCGUCUUCGCUGAAAGGGCCGGACCCACGGAGUAUCGUAGAAACAAACGGCGAUGGCAGAACUCGCCAUCAACCCGCAAACAAGACCACGGAUUGCUCGGCUGCUGUAGUGGCCUCUCCAAGCACCACCACCGCCACCAUCACGAGCACAAACAACCAAGACGCCCUCCGCCGCCUCCUCCACUCCGCCUUCCCCCCGCGCGAGGCCAUCGUCCUCAUCGUAGCCCGCGGCGACCCGCCAGGCUCCCCGCUCCGCAAAUUCAAACAAGCCAGCAACUUCCUCCUGGACGACGACGCCAGCCAUGCCACCCAGGACCGGGACCACCACCCGCACGCAGCCCUCAUCACCAUCCCGCCAAGCCCAGCUGCCGCUAUCCCGCUCGCCCUGCUCGCCCGCACCCUCCUCAACCUAGCCAUAUCCCUCCAGCAGCUGGGCCCGGCCGUGCGCAACGACGGGUCGGCCGUGGGGCUGCCGCUGCCGCCGGCGGGGCCGUCGAGCACGCGGGCCGCGGCCGCGCGCUUGUUUGAUAUUGCGACGCGUUAUCACAUCGCCACGUCGUCGUCGUCGUCGCGCGCGGACGGGCAAGACGCCGACGACGACGACGCCGUCGCUGCCGUCGAGCUGCUCAUGCUCCAGGGCGUGUACCACGUCAACGCGGGCGACUGGCGCCGUGGAUGGGCGGUGUUUCGGCGGGCGCUGGGCGUGGCGAGGGCGUGGGGGCUGCAUGAUGGGGCGUCUUCUUCGGUGGCGGCGGGGAGGCGGGGAUUGGAUAGGGAUAGGGGUAGUGGGAGUGGAAGUGGUGGUGCGGCCCGGACGGCGUGGUUCCGGCUUGUGUACAGCGACAGGUACAUGUCGCUGCUGCUCGGCGUUCCCGCGGCCGUCGGCGCCGACGACAGCUCCCUUGCCGGCGCCGUGGACGGCCACGCAAGCGAGCUGCGGAGAGUCGAGCACAUGCAUGCCGUGCUGACCGGCCGCAUCGCGGCUCGGAAUGAGCGCCUGCGCCGGGGCCGGUUCUGGUUCCGGCGACCACGCGAGGCGGUGAUGACCAGCGUGGAGGAAGAAGACGAGCAAGCAGAGCUAGAACAGGCCUACCGCGACACGCUGGACAUCGACGACGGAAUGAAGCAGGCCAUGCGCGCUCUCCCCGCCCCCGAGCUUUGGGUCUUGUCGCCCGCCACAACAGCCGCGCCGUCGCCGGCCGAGAUCAAGACGUCCACCGCCCGCCUGUUCUCCCAGCUCAAGCACUUCAACCUGCUGGUCCUGCUGCACUUCCCCUACUUGAUGCUCAACCUCGACUACCGGCACCAACAACAACAACAACAACAACAACAACAACAACAACAAUCAUCCCCCCCACCCCGGCGCUGGCCGAGGCUGGUCGCCAAUGGCUACAGCCUACAGACGGCGGUGCACGCAAGCCGGGAGGUGCUCGCGCGCUUCCGCGCGUACAGCCGGCUGCGGCACGUGCCGCUGUUCUACCGGGGGUUCGACCUGAUGGGCGUGACGGCGGCGGCGGUGCUGCUGCUGGCUCACGUCGACGCGCACGCGCACCACCACCACCACCGCCGCCGCCGUCGCGUGGGCGUGGGCGUGGGCGGCACCGGCGCCGGCGCCGGCGGCAAUGGCAUUGGCAAUGGAAAUGGCAAUGGCAGCAGCGUGCUCGAGCACCAGCGGCCGGGGGACCUGCACCUGGUGGGGUGCGCGGUGGGUUGCUUGGAGGCGAUGGCCGUGCUGGGCGACGACGCGGCCGGUCGGGCGGGUGCUGAGCUGCUGCGGAGGCUGGCGGCGCUUGAGCGGGAUGCGGCCGAGGGGCGGCACGAGUAUGUGGUGUGGAGGGAGGAUGGGCCUGCUGGUGAGCUGGGAUGCGGCGUGCGCGAGGAGGAGGGCGGCGUCCGGCUGACGGUGCCGCACUUUGGCGUCAUCCACGUCGUGCGCAGGGAGGUGAUGGCCGGAGUCAUGGCCAAGGCUUGCUUCUGA